UCGGGAUUCAGAGGAGGUUUUAUUGUCAAGUGGCUUCUCUCAAGAGUGGGGUUAAGAUUUGCGGUGAUUGUGUGUGACACUGUGUGUACGGGAGUUUUAUAUUUGUGAGGUUCUGAGGUCGUGCAUUGUCUUCGUUUUGAGAUGGAGUUUUAUCCGGUUUUCCAUGGCUUGGUACGUGGCAAAACGGUAAUGAUCUUUGAGCGCAAGCAUCUUCGCGAUGAGCCUAUAGGUCGGGAGCAUUGGAGUGAGGCUGCAGAAGGUCACAAUGCCACCCGUACGUAUGAUGUGAAUUUAAAUGGGCAUAUGGUUUUCCGGAUCGGGGCAGCAUUCAGUUAUAUGCGAUGCUCACUGGCAUCCCUUCAGUUUGUGUUGGAGCGAUUUGGCGAAGGGUUGCCAAUUCUUCGGCCAGAGGGAGCUACAUAUGUUCUAUCUCGGAUAUUGGAAGCGCUUGUUACAGUGAUCGCGGCUGAGCAUCGGAAUUUUAUUGUGGACACCACAUGUUGGAAUGCGGUCAUUCAGGCUCCCUUUGAGCCGCGCUUGCUAUCCGACAAAGGACAAGUGGACAGAGGGGAGGAGGCGGAGGAGGUGGAGAAGGUGGUGGACGAACCGGAGGUGGAGGCGCUGGAGGAGGUGGAGGAGGUCGAGGAGGUGGAGGAGGUGGAGGAGGUGGAGGAGGUGGAGGAGGUCGAGGGGGCGGAGGAGGCAGGAGAGACAGUCCAUGGCACUGCCAGCGAGCCACACACCUCCGCUGGUGUGGGGCGUCUCGACAUUUUUCCCUCUCCUCCAUAUCUCCGAUCUCAUCUGCUCUUGUCUGCCGUACGUGUCUCAUCCCACUAUCACCUUACGCGGUUAGUUAUUAAGCUCCAUCAUAAUAUUCCAUCAAUCAUCGUCAUCAUCACGAUGCCACUCCGUCCGCUCUUCUUCCUCAUCAACCUGGUAUCACUUCUAGAUACAAGACCAUCGAGGAGGAGACGACGACAACAACUUGAAGAAGGUGGAGGGGGGAGGAGAGGUGGGCGGAGAGGAGGAAGCGGGAGAAGGAGCCUGGAUAUCGGCGAGAGGAGCACGAGGAAAAGAACCCCAGAGAAUGUCCACGAAGGAGGAUGGCGAAGAUCUGAGCACAAGAGAAGAGGGGAGAGGGCGGACGGGGAGAAGAGGAAGGAGGGGAGGACGAGCAUUCCAAAGCGCUGCGGCGGAGAAAGGGGAGAGGGGGGACGGAGGGGAGGGGGAGGAGGAGCUUCUACGGAAGGGGAAUCGGAGCAGGUAGAAUGGGGAGGAGGAGUUCAGGAGGGCGAAUACGACGAUCGGUCUGUCGGAGACGACGAGUAAUGCUGCUCCUCAUCAGACAACUGGUUGGGGCUAACUGGGAUAAUUGUGCACACAUUAGAACCACGCACCACAGUG